AGCCGGUAAUGAGGUUUCAGCUGCAGGUGGCACUGUACAUCGCUGCCUCUUCUGGUCACCUGGAUCUGGCAGGCUGGCUGCUGGAGAGAGGGGUGCAUGCUGACAAACCAGUCGGGGUCCAUCCGUACCGCCAGUGGUGCCAGCAAACCGCCCAUAGAGACACCGGAAAGUGUCCCAUCCACAUAGCUGUAGAGCGCAACCACCUCCUCAUCCUCAAACUCUUCAUCACCAAGAACCUUUUGAGCUUGACUUGUAGGGACCCUGGAGGUCGGGAUCCUUUGAAAGUUGCUAUUCAGCAUGGUAGCAGGGACUGUGUGCAAUACUUAGCAAACAAGCUGUGCUCAGUAGUGUCCCUGUCAAACAUAUCCCUACCCAUGCGUAUCUACCUCCAGAUAAAACGCUGGGUGAGUUUGGGGCAGAAAGGGGCAGCCUCCAAUCAAUGCCAGUACAGUGCUGCUUUCAGAGCCAGGGUGGGGGAUAAGUUGCUGGUGGAUGGUUUCAACCAGCCAUAUAUGUCUUCCAAAUCCAGGAAAACUGUAACAAUACCAAGCAGAGGAAUCAAGGCCAAAGCUUUGCAACCCUUGCCUCCCAUCAGCAACUUACUUUCACAUCUCCCCAGUCUAGGUGACUUUAAAGAGAUGCAAACAAAUCAGAAACAAGAUGUGAAAAGUAAGAAAGCUUGCCUAUUGGAUGGAAUCUGCCAGGAUGACAGCAGCUUAUUGAGAAGGAAAUGCAUACUGCCACCCAUUUCCAGAGACAGAGUUCCCAGGCCAACAUCUCCCCAUAUUCUGACUGCAUCUCUGAAGUCCAGCUCAACACCAAGAGAAAAAGCCACAUACUACUUGACCGUAGCCAGUAACUUUACAGAAAAGCCUUGGUUGAAGCAGCUGAGCAUUGCCCGGACCCUGAUCAGGAAGCGUGUCCAUACCAUGGCCUGAUCCAGAUGUGUUCAUCAUCAAACAAACUGCUGGUGGAUCUCCCAUCAGCUGCUUCAAUAACUGGACAACGAAGAAUCCUUCAGAGUGACAACUGAGGAGUGUAUCUCAGGCUUAGCAUGUUGUUGAAAUUAAACUUGUCUGUCUUUAUAUACGUAUAGCCAAGUAUCUUUAUUCUAUAGCUUUUUACACAAAAAGAGAUUGAUAGACGUACGUAUAUGUACAGAUUUAAAAAAAACUUGUUUUAAUUACUGGAAGUGAAUGAUUAAUUAAUGCAAUGUUGUGUUUAAUAAAAUCUAAAGGAGAGGGCCUU